AUGGAUGCAAUUCAGCUUCCCACAGUGUCAUUUUCAGAAACACAGCAGAACAUCAGCGCUCUGUAUGAAUUUGACCUGCUACUGAGAAGAGUCUUUCCAAAGGUCUUCUCAUCCAAUCUGGUCCAACAUGAGACGAUCUCAAACUACACCCACCUGUUCUCAGUGUGGGGCAGUGAACCUGAUCUGGAGCCGUACAUGCUGCUGGCACACAUUGAUGUAGUACCGGCUGAUGAGGCGGACGGGUGGGACGCUCCUCCAUUCUCUGCUCAAGAGCUCAAUGGCUUCAUUUAUGGACGAGGGACCAUCGACAAUAAACAGUCUGUGAUGGGAAUCCUUCAAGCGUUGGAAUAUCUCCUGGAGCGAGGUUACACCCCUCGACGAAGCUUCUACAUUGGUUUGGGUCACGAUGAGGAGGUGACCGGGAUGCAGGGUGCAGUGAAUAUUGUGAAGCUUCUCAAGAGUCGUGGGGUGAAGCUUCUGUAUGUUUUAGAUGAAGGUCUUACUAUUAUGGAUGGAAUGAUCGAUGGCCUGGAUGGACCUGCUGCCCUAAUAGGUGUGAGUGAGAAAGGCCAGGCCACAGUAAAACUGAGUGUUAAUGCUGCUCCAGGACAUUCAUCAAUGCCUCCCAGAGAGACCAGUAUUGGCAUCUUGGCCUCAGCAGUCAGAAGACUGGAGAAGAAACGGAUGCCCAAUCUGUUUGGUCGUGGUCCUGAACGUGCCACGUUUGAACACUUGGCACAUAAGUUUGGCUUGCCACACAGAAUGGUCAUGGCUAAUCUCUGGCUCUUCUCUUCACUCCUCAGCGGCAUUCUGGAAGGACAGCCAGACACAAAUGCCUUUGUGAGGACAACGACUGCUGUCACAAUGUUUAACUCUGGUGUAAAGAUUAAUGUAUUGCCACCGUACGCAGAAGCCUUUGUCAAUUUCCGUAUCCACUCAUCUCAGACGGUGCAAGAGGUUUUAAAGCUGAUCGAGUCCACCAUUUCUGACAAACGUGUGGCGGUAGAGCUCAUGAAAGGGUUUGAUCCGCUGCCUGUCAGCUCCUACGAUGAGCACACAUUUGGGUACCAGAUCAUAAAGAAAACAGCAAAGGACAUUUUUCCUCAGGUCACUGUAACCCCUGGUAUCUGCAUUGGCAACACUGAUAGCCGUCACUACACAGAACUUUCUCUGAACAUUUAUCGCUUUGCACCGUCGUGGUACAAACCAGGUGAUUCUGCAAGAUUCCAUGGCGUGAAUGAGAGAAUCGGCAUUCAGAACUAUGAGGAGAUUGUGCUGUUCUACUUUCAACUCAUCCAGAAUGGAGACACAAGGAAUUUGCCAUUACCUCACUCCUAAUAUAAAUGCAUCCUAAAUGGGUGGAUUUUUAAGUCUUUACUUGACUUUUAUUUCUAUUCUUAUUAUUCAUCAUCAAUGUAUUUUUUUUAUAAUUGCACAUACUGCUUAAACUCAACAAGUCUCGCUUGGGCUUACUAAUGCUGUUGGAAUUGUAAAAAAAUAGAACCUGUUGUUAUUAAAUAAAACUUUUUUUCUCAUUCAUUUCUUCUAAAUUUGGGUCUAUGUUCAGUAUUGGAUUCUUCUAAACCGUGUUCCUCAACAAUCUCUUGCUGUGAAUCGCUUUUUUAGCAUGUGGUGUCAAAGAGAGCAAACUCAAAGGUUGGAUUAUCAAUGUUAUGUUAGACUGAAGUGUUUUAUUAUGACAUCCUAAAAUCAGAAUGCUUUGGUGAAAGGUUCACAAUGUGGCUCAAUAAAGAUUUAUUGUCCUCUCAAUAUCACUUGCAGCACAAGGCUGAAGUUAAAGAAAAGCCUGGUUUGGUUGUUUGCAUGUUGAGUCUGUUUUACACUGAAGUGGUCUGUAUUCAAAUGGAAAAUUACAGUACAUAUAGUAUAUGUCCUUAAUUCGCUUGGAAUGAUGGAUUCUCAUCAUAUUAAAAGUA